CCUAAAGCAUGGGUCCAUAUCCGUGUUGGGUGACCAGGAUAAUUGUGACUUAGUUUCGCGCAGCAGGUGGAUCGAACCUGAAACAUGUUGGUGUCUCAGCCCCGUCUCCUUACCACUCGACCACAAUCACCCGGUCAAAGCCGGUUAAGUAUUGCAAAAUCUAUAUCUUAUAUUUGACUUGUGAGUUAUGAAUCAUACGUUAAUGCUAAUUUUAAGCUAGUAACUAUCGUCUUGCUUAGGGUAGCAUUCCAGUUUCCUCAGUUUAUAUAUUCAUCACUAGUUAUUAUGCUUUUGUGGGGUCAAUUAAUCCUCUUAUUUUCUUAGAUUAAAAAGGAUAAUAUAAUGUAGAUUGAAUUUAUAUUACUUUUGGUCAUGACGUGGUUCAAACCCCAUCAAAAAGAAAGUGCUUCAUCCACUCUAUAUAAGUCAAGUAUACGAAUUUUCUCGAAUAUGUCCCUAUAAAUAUUUUUUAUUUUAAGAUGGAAUUAUACGACCAACUGAACAAAUUAAAGCCACCAAUUGCCGCAUAGGACUAUUCUUCCAUAUCCACUUAAUUAAAAAUUAAUAAUAUACUAAAGAAAAAAAAUCUUUUCAUCUUAGCUUAUAAAUAGACAUCUAAGUCUUAGAACUUUCUUAUCAUCUUAUUACGUUUCCUUGAUCUUCUUAACAACUUAAACCUAAAAUGGAUUAUCACACCAAGAAUAUAUCUACUUGGUUAAUCUCUUUGUGGUUUACCACUCUCUUAAUACUACUCCCGAUGGUUAUAUGUACUAGACAACACCGGUUUGAUAGCCCGAAACAAAAAAGCUUGUUGGCCAACGAGCAAGAUCUGGUGACAGAUUUGCCUGGACAGCCUGACGUGAGUUUCAGACAUUAUGCCGGUUAUGUCCCUGUGGACGAAUCCAACGGAAGAGCUAUGUUUUAUUGGUUCUUUGAGGCCAUGGAUCUUCCCAAGGAGAAACCUCUAGUUCUCUGGCUUAAUGGAGGUCCAGGUUGUUCUUCUGUGGGAUAUGGAGCAACACAAGAAAUUGGUCCCUUUCUCGUGGACGCCAACGAAAACGGACUUAAAUUUAAUCCAUACGCAUGGAAUAAAGAGGCCAACAUGCUGUUUUUAGAAUCUCCCGUCGGUGUUGGCUUUUCGUAUUCAAACACAACUAGCGAUUAUCAAAAACUUGACGAUGACUUUACAGCAAGAGAUGCAUUCAGUUUUCUUUGCAACUGGUUCGAGAAAUUCCCUGAACACAAAGGAAAUACGUUCUACAUCGCCGGCGAAAGCUACGCAGGAAAAUACGUACCGGAGCUAGCAGAGGUCGUGUACGAUAACAAUAACAAGAACAAUGGUUCAUCGCUUCACAUCAACCUUAAGGGUAUUUUGCUUGGGAAUCCUGAGACAUCUGAUGCAGAUGAUUGGAGAGGUUGGGUGGAUUACGCAUGGAGCCACGCAGUUAUAUCUGAUGAGACGCAUAGGAUCAUAACCAGGACUUGUAAUUUCAGCAGCGACAAUACUUGGAGCGACGACGAGUGCUCUGAAGCCGUAGACGAAGUUCAAAAGCAGUACGACGAGAUCGAUAUCUAUAGCCUCUAUACAUCGGUUUGUAUAGGAGAUUCUGCCCGAUCGUCUUACUUGGAUUCUAAACAAUUCAAGACUAAUUCUCACACCAGUUCCAAGAGGGUGCCACCAAGGCGCUUGGGUGGAUAUGACCCAUGCUUAGACGAUUACGCUAGAAUAUUCUACAACAGAGCAGAUGUUCAGAAGUCUCUUCAUGCGAGUGAUGGAGUUAAUCUCAAGGACUGGAGGAUUUGCAACAUGGACAUCUUUCAUAACUGGACUUAUAUAAAGCCCUCAGUUUUGCCUAUAUACGAGAAACUGAUUGCCGGGGGAUUAAGAAUAUGGGUUUACAGUGGUGACACAGACGGAAGAGUUCCAGUACUCGCGACAAGGUAUAGCUUAAGCGCACUCGAAUUACUCAUCAAGACAGCUUGGAGGCCUUGGUACCAUGAGAAACAGGUAAGUGGAUGGCUCCAAGAAUACGAAGGUCUAACGUUUGCUACGUUCAGAGGAGCUGGACAUGCGGUGCCUUCCUUCAAACCAAGCAGCUCUCUUGCCUUUUUCUCGGCCUUUCUCACCGGAAUUCCUCCGCCACCGUCACGGUAGAGAAGCACUUAUUAACGAUUCAAAGGAUGGUUUACUUAGUCUAAUGAGUCGUCUUUAUGUCUUCAGAAUGUAUGAAAGAUUUUGGGUUUCGUUACGUUAACUUGUCAGACACGGUAUAAGGGGGGAAAAGGAUUGUAACAUGUAAAAGAUAAACUGAACGUGACUAUGCUACUUUCUAUGUGAUGAUCAUAAUCAUAAAAUGAUAAAUUUCAAUACC